AUGUCCCUGCUCGCGUCCUCCCCUUUCUACGCGAACGCCGCAGUGAUUAAACCGUACCAGCAGACAGCGAUGCUGAACGCCAAGAGCGCGUACGGCAGCUUCAAGGGAAGUUCCACAUGGAAGGCGGGCGCGGACUGCUCCACGUGGCAGCGCGUGCAGUGCAACAGCGCAGGUGACGUCACGCACAUCCACCUCGCGAACGCGAUGAUUCGCGCCACGGGCGUCGGCAUCGCGCCCAGCUUCGUCGUGCUCACGAAGCUCGCCUUCCUCAGCCUCUACAACAACAGCAUCACCGCCGAAAUCAGCACCGUCCUCUCCACCCUCACUUCCCUAAAAACUCUCAACCUUCAGCUGAAUCGCUUUUACGGUAGCGGCUCGAGCAGAAUCUGGAAAUUAAAUCAGCUCACGUACCUAGAUAUCUCCCACAAUCUGCUCGUCGGGCCGCUCGGCGCGGGCCUGGGCGCGCUGACGAACCUCGCGUACCUCGACGUGUCGUCCAACUACUUCCGCGGCGCCAUCCCCGCGUCGUUCAGCAACCUCGUGAAGCUCAAAUACAGCGACUUCAGCGGGUGCUUCUUUAACGAGCUCCCGCCCGCCUUCCCCGAGCUCGACCCGGGCAACCUCACCUUCGCCGCGGAAAGCAACCUCAUCAUGAGCAUCCCCAUCACCUUCCCCGCGUCCGCCGCGGGCGUGUUCAGCAUCAACCUCCGGGGGAACCUGCUCGCGGAGCUCCCCACAGAGAUCGCGCUGCUGACGGAGCUGAAAAUCCUCAACGUCGCGGUGAACCGCAUCACGACGCCGCUGGAGGACAUCGCGUGGAGUGAGCUGGUGGCGCUGGAGGAGCUGUACCUCGGCCGCAACGCCAUCACCGGCACCGUCCCCACGGACCUAGCCGCGCUCACGGCGCUGAGGCACCUGCACUUCCACACAAACCUGCUGACAGGGUCGCUGCCCGACGAGCUGACGCUGCUGACGGACCUGCUCUCCCUGGACAUCGGACUCAACACAGAGCUGGGCGAUGGGCAGGAUUUUCCUGCUGGGUUCAGCGAGCUGCAGUCGCUGACGCGGCUGGUGAUUAUCAGUGAUAAUUUCGCUGGGCCGCUGCCGCAGCCGUACUUGGGGGCGGACCCAGGGUUCUACCUGGACGUGCGGAACAACUCGUUCACGGGGUCGCCCCUGGUGCGGGACGUGUGCCCCAUCUCGCGGCCGAACCGGCUGCGUGUGGCGUGGAACUGCCUUGAUGACACCACGGACUGCUCCACCGACCAGCGCGUGUGCGCGAGGUAG